UUUUUACUGGGUCCAAUUUGAAGGAAGGCCUGGAAAGGUUCCCAUUGCUGGUUUUGUCUCUUGUUGACAAUUAUCUUUUAACCAAUCAGCAACCAAUAAAUUCUCAGAAAGGCGUUUCCUUAACUGUGUUUGUGGAAUUGAAAGCCCCCUUUGAGACGCUGGGAGUUUGAAGAGCGGCGGGUUGCUGUGUCCUCAUUCUUCCCCAGACUCAGACAGAAGUAAAGUUGUUGAAAAUAUUAAAAAUCCGCCACGGGUUGAGGAUUUUUCCAUCCUGCAGCUCUGCGUGCUGUCCGGAGGAACUUUGCAGCAACACGAGGGACUUCGCAAUCAAAUAAAUAAAGAACACGAGGAGCUGCAAUCUGGAAGUGUUUCUCUUUCAUAACCCGCGCCUUGCUUGUUGGACUUUUGCAACUUGUUAACCAGAAAUGGUUGGCAAAUUAAACUUGCCAAAUGUAUGCGAAGGAGAGCCUCUGGAUAUGAGCUGCAGCAGGGCUGAUAGAGGACUUGAUAGCCCGGACUCGGGGUUACCACCGAGCCCGAGCCCCAGUGCCUGGUUGCAGCCUGUGAGUACUGAGAAAGCCGGUGGUGUGAGCCCCGUGUCUGAGGACGAUGGAAAAGGUUCCCUGAUUCCAGUUUCACCAGCUGCAUCUUUCCCACAGCUACAGCCACUGUCCUUUGGAGAAGGAAUAGCACUUGAUCCGUUACCCUCAAAGGAGUUGAGAUACAUCUCAUCUGUGCACUAUGACUCUGACCGUCACUUCAUCCAGGAUGUGGACCUGCAUCCAUCAGGCCAAGGCCUUAGACAUUGCAGGCAGACCAUUGUAGCAGUGGCCCAUAGCACCUGGCGCCACUACAAGACGCAGCUGGAGUUUGAGCCACGUCUGCGUCCCCAACGCUUCAAGAGUACCACCAUCAUCUACCCCAAAAAAACCAGCGCAGCCUUCACCACAGAGCUGAACUACAACUCCCACAGGCUAUCCAGACGUUUCCUAUCCAGUGUGGAGCUCGAGGCCGCGAGCAGCAGGAGGCUGCCUCAGUGAGACUGGAGGGGAAGAGGUGGGGCAGAUGGCAGGGGUCAUUUCCAAAACCCUUGUAUUGAUACUCUUGGAAGGUUGCACUGAAGCUAGUUGGGACUCUUUGGUGGUUCCUCAACAGGGUUAAAAAGGUCAUUUUGUGUCAUGACUCAUCAGCACAUCUGUAGACCCAGUGGACUCAUCUUUUUCUGCCUCUACAUUCUUUCCCCUUCGCUGGAGAGGUGGCCUCCUCAAACUGAGGCUCAUCACAAGAUGAAAGGAUGGUGACCGCCACUUCAGCCUCAUCAAAACGCAUCACGGCAACAUCAACUUGAUCUGAUUUUUGUUGUUUUCUUUGAUGAGGGACUGCCAUGAAGCCACAAUUUUUUGUUGUUCUUUUCUAUCUUUUCUAAAACUCACCCCCUUGAUGGGAGAAGGGUGGAAGGAGCAAAUUUAGUCCAGAAGGAUGAUGUUUGCCUUUGUGCUUGAUGUGAAUGCUUAAAAGGCUAAGCCUUGUUUUUGCACUGACCUGCUGUGUUGUCUUUUUGUAGUUGUGUAGCUUCUGAUUUUAAGUAUCCGUCCCAAGGUGUGUACAGGAAGCAUCUGUGCUGUGAUUUGUACAGAUGGUAGACAAGGAUUUAUUACAGAUUCUUGAUCUAUGUUGUGUUUAUGUAUUUAUGGCCUAGUUGGAGUAUUUUUGUUGAUGGUUGUUUUACCAGAUCCCUCAGCUACAGCUGUUAAAGCAGGAUAUCUUUUUUUUUUUUUUUCUUUAUCAGCUGAUGUCACACAAAAUUAGAACAAUUUCUUACAUACUUUUUUAUUUCUCUUUUGGUUUUAGUCUGAAUUAUUUUUCUUUUAUUUUUUUAUUUUUUUUAAUAGGUUACCUUGGUUUGGAAUGACUUGAAAUCAUUUAUCCACAUGAUGCUAUCUUUUGAAGGUGUUUCCACUUUCUUUUUUUUAGUUUUAAACCACGGGGUAUGUGUGCACAACAUAGUGUAAGCCUUUACAAGCCUUAUUUUUAUUGUUUACACCUCCAUUUUAGUGUAUGUGACAAGUGAUUGGUAACUUUGCUGUUCGUUUUCAGUUUGUAAAGCUUAAACUGAUUUUUAGUAGGUAGGUAAAUGAUGGCUCCUGACUGUAUAAUUUACUGAAAUGUGGAUCACUUCUUUGCUUUCUGCCUCUCUCUGCUGGACUGUACCUUUGGUAUGACUUGGAUUAAAACUGCAUUUAUACUGUUUUGAAGCUCAAAGAUCUGAGAUUUUAGCAGCUCAUUAACAAAAGUAUCUUCACAGCAGUGGCAAAGGAUAUUUUUAUGAUGCCUGAUUUAUCUGUUAAUGUCCUUUUUGUUUUGGAUGUAAAUCAGUUGGAAAUAAAAGGAUCACUUUU